GGCGGGCACGACACUGAACUGCCAGCCCACCUCAUCUACUAGCGGGCGGUGGGAGCUACAAAAUCUAGAACCCCACCAACAUCAACAUUGAAGCAGCCUCUGCCGCUUUCGACGACGCCGCCGGACCAGGUCACACCCCUUGCUCCAGGACCACACCACCUGCUGGUAGCCUGCACAGUUGUUUCGACCAUCUUCUCCCGUGUCCGUAUCUAGCAGAAAGUCCAUAUCGCAAAGAUGGCGACCGCUGCGCCAGCUGGAGCAGCCACUUCCAAUGCGGCGUUCCGGGACAAGGAGAAGCCUAUGGCAGUGCGCUCCUCCAACAUCGUCGCCGCUCGUGCCGUCGCCGACGCCAUCAGGACAUCCCUGGGACCCCGCGGCAUGGACAAGAUGAUUCGUAGUGGCAAGGGCGAGACCAUCAUCACCAACGACGGCAGCACCAUGCUCAAGAGCAUGUCGGUCAUGCAUCCUACCGCCAAGAUGCUGGUCAAUCUUUCCAACGCCCAGGAUGUCGAGGCCGGCGACGGUACCACCUCGGUCGUUGUCAUCUGUGGUAGCCUUCUCGGAGCCGCAGACCGGCUGCUCAGCAAGGGUAUCCACCCCUCGGUUAUAUCUGAGGCCUUCCAGAGGGCUGCCGCCGCCUCGGUCGAUAUCCUACACGAUAUGUCACAGCCCAUUGCCCUCACCGACACCGCCGCCCUGCUCCAGGCCGCCAACACGUCUCUCUCCUCCAAGAUCGUCUCGCAGUACUCGGGCCUGCUCGGUCCCAUGGCUGUGAACGCUGUCACCAAAACCAUCGACAUCAAGACGGCUGACAACGUCGAUCUGAGGAACAUUCGCAUAAUAAAAAAGGUCGGCGGAACCAUCGAGGACAGCGAGCUGGUCGACGGCCUCGUCCUGACCCAGCCCGUCCUCAAAAACGCAGGCGGGCCCGUCAGGAUGGAGAAGGCAAAAAUAGGCCUUAUCCAGUUCCAACUGAGCCCGCCCAAGCCUGAUAUGGAGAACUCCAUCUCGGUAAACGACUACAGGCAGAUGGACAAGAUUGUUAAGGAGGAGCGACUAUAUCUCCUGAACCUGGUCAAGAAAAUCAAGAAGGCCAAGUGCAAUGUUUUACUGAUCCAGAAGUCCAUCCUGCGCGACGCUAUCAACGACCUUUCGCUGCACUUCCUCGCCAAGCUCAACAUCUUGGCGAUCAAAGACAUCGAGAGGGACGAGGUCGAGUUCAUUUGCAAGUCGACCGGCUGCAAACCGAUCGCCGACAUUGACUCCUUCACCGAGGACAAGCUCGGCACCGCAGAUCUCGUUGAGGAGGUACAAUCGUCAGGCAGCCGAAUGGUCAAAGUGACGGGUACCAAGUCGGCAGGAAAGACGGUGAGCGUCGUCGUCCGUGGCGCCAACUCGAUGAUCCUCGACGAGGCGGAGCGGUCUCUGCAUGACGCCCUGUGUGUCGUACGCUGCCUGGUCAAGAAGAAGGCCCUGAUAGCGGGAGGCGGCGCAGCCGAGAUUGAAAUUGCGGCUCAGCUCUCGCGCCGUGCCCGCGAGCUAACGGGGACCGAGGCUAUUUGCUGGAAGGCCUUCGCCGAUGCUCUCGAAGUUGUGCCCACCACCUUGGCCGAGAACGCCGGACUCAACAGCAUCAAGGUCGUCACGGAUCUGAGGCACCGCCACGAGCUAGGGGAGAAAAACGCCGGUGUGAGCAUCAAGUCUGGCGGUGUCAACUCCAACAUCGCCAAGGAGAACGUGCUCCAACCUCUGCUUGUUAGCACUAGUGCCAUUGAGCUCGCGGCAGAGACGGUCAAGAUGAUUCUUAGGAUAGACGACAUCGCUCUGAGCAGGUAAAAAUUGGCGAGGUUGCUUUUUGGCCAACGCUUCUUUUUAUCACGCUUGAUGAGUGGUAUUUUACUUAGAAGGAUUCUAGCAGGCCCUGCAAAGAAGACGGGCUGAAGCCCAAUUCGAAGUCGCUUGAAUCUACAAUUGUCC